AUGAAGUCCAUCAUCAUCGCAGCCACCAUCUCAGGCGCCCUCGCCUCCCUCAACUGUACGGCCACAGCCGAAGUCAAAACCUACUGCUGCCCGGACACCAAGUCCGAGCUCGUCAAGACAGGGCCCGCUGGUACCCUCAUCAUGAUGGGCUGCGCUGCCGACAACACCAAUAAGAAUUGGUAUUGGAACUACAACGGCCUCUACACGGCCUACUCGACCCAGUUCAAAGAUUGCUACCUUAACACCAUCCCUUUCAACGACCUCAAGGUUCUCCCCGAUUGCAAGGACGAUACAUACGUUCUCGACCUCACCCGCGGCAAGUCUGGACCCCUCGACAAGUGUAACCCCAACUGCGUCAGCCAGAACAAGUUCCCGGCCAACACCUAUUUUGGCGACCGGCAGAAGGAGACCAACAUGGCGUCUGAUUUUCCGCGUCCCAAUCCGAGCCCGGGAUGGCCUGGAGUUCGUAGAGGGCGCAGAGUCUAG